AUGGAUGCAGUCAAGGAUAAACACGAAAACUGCUUCCUCAAGCAUUCUAUCAACCUCAAACAAUAAUCAUAACUUAAAGAUGAUAAACAGGUUUAAUGUGAAUACACCGAAGAAUAAAGAAACAUUGUCAAAUUAGCAAGGUUCAACCUUAAAUGCAGACUUGAAUUUAAAUCUUCCUCCAAUAUUUUCUAGAAAGUAAUCUUAGUCAAGAGAUCUCAUUUUUCAAUGUAACUUUACUGUUAAGUUUUAAUUAAUUUCUUAGUAACAUCUAUUAAGCAUGUUGAUGAGGAGUCUAAUCUCAGUACUCAACGUUCAAUUGCUUAGCAACUUUCCUCUCAAUCUAUUCAUACAAAGCAAAUGUCCUAAUCCAAUUUCAUUUCAAAAUAAAAAAUAGAUUCCCAACAAAAAACUUUGAGUUUUCCUUUAUAAAAAAGGCAGUCAGUCAAUGAAAUACUACAGUAAUGCAAAGAAUUGAUAGAGAAGAAUCAGAAAUCUAACAAGGAAAUAAAGAAAACAGAAAUAGAUUACGAAUAGUUUAAAGAUUAAAUGACUAAAGACUAGAAUACACUUAAUAAAUUCAUUGGAGAAAUCUCAACUCUAUGA